UGUCGUGUCACCGUGGCAACCCACCGGCAGAAAGUGCAGAGACUAGGUACGGGAUAAUUCUGGUAGGUUAGACGUGCAGUCAGCUGCAAGUGUGCACGAGUCACACAACAGUUAAUGUACCUAAAUCCAUAACACCGGCUCACUUCCACAGAAAGUGGUCAUUCUGACAGAAAGGAACGUCACCUGCCCGGACAAGUAUGCUUGUGUGACAGACUUCUCAGCUGAAGGCUGUAGACUGGAACUGUGUCUAUCUGCGAACUGUAUGAAAAUCUGUUGGGGCAGAGUGAAUUGCCAGCCCUCUGCAAGCUCCUGAUCCCAGGAACCAUGAGAGACACGGCUGCAGCUAGUCAGCCAGGUGACUUGAAGGUCACUUGAGGUGCAGGAGAACGAAAGACAGUGGUGGGGGGAAGUGGAAGAAAAUACACAAUUGUCCGACUGGGGGCAGAAGACACAGGACCUGCGAGGCGUUGUGGGCUGGAGGAACAUACACUCUCACUCAGGCCACGGGAGUGCGAGCUGGAAACCGCAAGGAAACCAGACAUGGCCGAGAAAGGUGACAGGGCGCCCUCGAGAAAGGCAGGACUCCGAGCUGCUGUGGUACUGAUUGGGUUGUUGCACAGAUCACGAAGAGAAAAGGACCGAAGGAAACAAGAGAUAGCCAACGGGGCCGACAUGAGCACAGUGGAACCACACCUGUCACCACCUCACACUGCUCCCCCCUCCACAAGGUCCACUGAGUUUUUCGACAUGCUGGAAAAGAUGCAGACUCCAAAACCAGAUGAGCAGAAGGCCAAGAGCAAUAGACAAAAGGAUGAUUACAUCCCAUAUCCCAGUAUUGAUGAGGUAAUAGAGAAAGCAGGGCCCUAUCAGUCCAUUAUCCUCCCCCAGUUUGGAGGUUACUGGAUAGAAGGAAUCGAGACUGUCACCACGCCAACGUCAUCGGAGAGCAGCUUCUGCGAGGAGGAUGCGGUAGAGAAUCUAAGCCCCAGCACAUAUGGUUACAAACUGGAAUGUAACAGCACAGCCAGAGUCUACAGAAAGCACUUUCUUAACCAGGAUCAUUUGAAUUUUUACACCACGUGCAGUGUUCAUGGAAACCUGGUAGUUUCUGUGAAAUACGAAGAUAAUGAUGGGCAAGAAUAUCUGCAGAUAAUCCUCAGAUCCAAGUCCAAAACAAUUUAUGAGCGACUUCCUCUGACUGGAGUUCCACAACUUCCGAGUAUUCCAAUCCUUGCAAAGCUCCUAUGUGAUGAUGUGACCUGCACUAAAUUCUCUCCUGUGCUUUAUCCCAAGGCAUCACAGCUAAUCGUCGCAUAUGAUGAACAUGAGAUCAACGACAAAUUCAAGUUUGGUGUGAUUUAUCAGAAGGCCAGACAGACGACAGAAGCAGAACUCUUCGGGAACAAUGAGGAAAGCCCAGAAUUUAAAGAAUUUCUUAACUUGCUGGGAGACAUUGUGGUGCUCCAGGAUUUCAAAGGGUUCCGAGGAGGCCUCGAUGUCGCACAUGGUCAGACCGGGUCUGAGUCCAUCUACACUGUCUUCAAAGACCGAGAGAUAAUGUUUCAUGUCUCCACUAAGCUGCCCUUCACAGAGGGAGACACUCAGCAGCUACAGAGGAAACGGCACAUAGGCAAUGACAUUGUGGCACUCGUGUUCCAAGAGGAAAACACCCCUUUCGUUCCAGAUAUGAUCGCUUCAAACUUCCUUCAUGCCUACAUUGUGGUACAGCUCGAGGCCUCCAGUCCAAGUGAGACAACUUAUAAGGUUUCAGUAACCGCUCGUGAGGGCGUUCGUCACUUUGGCCCUCUACUGCCAAGCCCUCCAGUGUUUAAGAAGGGCCCCGAGUUCAGAGAGUUUCUGCUCACGAAGCUCAUCAACGCGGAGUCGGCCUGCUACAAGUCUGAGAAGUUUGCAAAGCUGGAGAACCGCACCCGGGCAGCAUUGCUGGACAACCUGUAUGAGGACCUUCAUAAUCAGUCACAGGCCAUGUUGGGGCUGGGCCCUGAUGAAGAGAAGAUGGAAAAUGACACCCACGGAGGAUUCCUCGAGUCUUUCAAGAGGGUAAUUCGUGUCCGGAGCCACUCGAUGGAGACGAUGGUGACGAGCCACAAGAAGCACCACAGCGGAGGGUUACCAGGCAGCCAGAGUGGUGGAAUCCCGCACAGCGUGAUGGAGAUUAUCAAGCACCCUCCCAAUCAAGUAAAACUCCUGAAAAGUCCAGUGAAAAGGAGGUCGGCCCUCUUUCCCCGAACCCAUGGAAACUCAGAUGGUCAGUUGGACAGCAGGCCACGCUGUGAAAGUAUGUCGAGUUUGUCGAAGGCUCCAGAGAGUGGCCAGAUCUCACCGGACAUCAAAUGGGAAACGUCCUCCAACCCCAGCUCACCCGAAAUGGGCCCCAACAAAGACAGCAGGCCCUUCAUCAAGCUCAGGGAGAAUGGCAAGGGCAACAUCUCCCGCUCGUCCUCCAGUACAAGCAGCUUCAGCAGCACGGCAGGCGAGAGUGAAACGAUAGAGGAAUACGAGACCAACAUGGGCAGCCAGCCAUCGACGGCAUCUCCUUUCCGACAGGACGUCUUUGUCUAUGGCGGUGAAAUCCAGGGUGGCUCGAGCCACGUCAGCUCAUGCAAGAGCCCCACAGACACAAUGAAGUGUAAAACCUCUCCAAGAACUACCUUGAAAUUCCGAUUUGAGAAACUUCACCAGAGCUCAAACCCACUGUUGGGAGCUUGUCCUUCGCCACAAAUGUAGCUGCAGCAGGCUCAUGGCCUCCGCACCUCGAGCUGCUCCCACCCUUCCUGAAUCUGAAGCGGCCCAUUCUCCACCCAAGGCAGAAGGAGAUGGGCAGAAGGUCCUGAUGCCCCAGCUGCCUUCACAGGGGUUCAGUUUGCGUGCUCCACCUUCUGAGCAAAAAACCAUUUCAAGCUCUCUUUGGAGGCAUGUUACUUUAACAAUAUAAGCACUUUGCAAGUCAUGUCAGUGAAUGGUAACGUUGAAUAUGGUUUGGGUAGACUUCAGGGUUUCCUAUUCUCGCUGGCUUUCUUGGGCUGUAACCUUCUGGAAUUAACAUUUCUCUGGGUACUGGAAUGGUAUGGAUUUUUAUUGGAGGAUGACGGAUGCAGGCAUCUUAGAUCCUACAACAGGAAAGACCUGGGAGCGGUCUUGAAGGAACAACCAGUCUUGGAAUAGCCAGUGAUUUCUCUGAGGAACCUGGGGUAGUGACCACCUCUCUGCCAAGAGCACGAGGCAGAAUCCUCAGGGCUGUUACUAUAGAAAUAUCAGGAGGUUGCUCGUUUUCCUCCUCCCCCCCACCCCCUCCGACAAUCCCGAAAUAGGGGUGCAGCCGUCCCUGAAUCCCUGUUGAUGUAGCUUCACACAGUACUUGUAGCAAAGCCUAAACUUUGUGUUGUAACCUGUUAUCUGCCAUGUAUACUCUGCCAAUUAACAGAGAGCAUCAGUGUGCCCUGCGUCGUUUGUUGUCCGUGUACCUGAGAUUACAUUUAAAUGUGUUAGUUGUGCAGAAAAAAAGAACCUGCCUUUUUUUACCUCUUGGGUGAAUCUUACUCCUGUCCAAAUUCCAGUAAAAGCACGAAAAUGGUCAACAGGAGUCCCAAGAAGAAGACUUGAUCAAAUUUCCUUGUUAUUGCUUUUUCCUCUCAUCCAAUUUUCUUCCUGGUCAGUUGAGGCCUUUGGUUUAGAAGAUUUUGGAGCCUUGUCUCAGGUUACCCGAGAUAACACUGGUGGCAAUGCUGCCUUGAUAUUUGACUAUGAUCAGAAUUUUAAAUUACUGGUUAUUAGUACUCAGAUUAAUUUUUAAAUGUUCUCACCACAUUCUUCUUUAGUUCUUUUUCUUUCUGUUUCACUAAUCCCUGACUACAACCGAGUACUACACCCAACUCUGUUGCCUCUUCAUUAUUGUUCUGCUAUUCCUCCUCCCUUUGUUUCUAUGGUUCCUUAUUCAUUUCAUUGUGACUUCCUCUAUGCUACAAAUCUGUCUUUCUCUCUCUCUCUCUCCAUUCCUCUUGUCCCCCUCCCUCCAUCCCCCCUGUCCACGCUUCUAUUUUUUUCUCACAAAUGUUUAAAAUUAUCUCCCUCUCACAAAU